AUGAACGGCAGCACGGCGAAUCUCACCGGAGGAAACUCCACUGCAUUCGAGACUUUCUGGCCGUGCUUCCUCUGGCACCUGGAAAACAAGACCGAGUACGACCUGGCCGUAGCUGCGUGCUCUCAUCUCCCCAAGUCGGUUCUGGACGAGAACAAGAAAGUCGGGAUCGCCUCCGCCGCUGUCGGGGCAGUCGCUCUCCUCAUGAACGUCGUGGUUUUGUCCGGGGUGCUGAAAAACCAUCAACUGUCUAAACCGAUGUACAUGUUUGUAGCAAACCUGGCUGUGGCGGACUGCAUAGCGGGUUUGUUCUCGUUCUUUUUCUGCGCCAGUUUCCAAUUGGAGGUCUUUCCACCGUGGACAAUGAUGGGCAUAUACUGUACCUUCUUUUUAGUGCUGGUUUCAUCAGCAGUUGGCGUGGUCCUCCUGUCCGGGGACCGUUAUCUGUCCAUCCUCCACCCGAUAUUCUACCAGGCCCACAUGUCGACGUCUGGGCGACACGUUGCCGUGAGUUUGGGGAUCGCGUGGCCAGCCUGUGUGCUCGUCUGCCUGUCUCCUCUCAUGGGCUGGAACUGCCUCAAUACGGCCACAGAAGACUGCUUAGUCGUCUUUUCCGUAAGCUACCCGGUUCUGAUCAACACCAUCUUGUUGGCGGCCGUGGUGAUAGUGGUCUUCGUCAACGUCAGAAUCUGCAUCGAACUGAAGAGGCGCCUCUCUAGAGUAGGGCCCCCCGGGAACCCUCGGGACGAUCUGCCCGCCGCGCACCGUAGGGAACAGCGAGUCGCGGCCAGACAGUACCAGCAGCUCCGAAAGACGUGGAGGACGCAGGUAACAGUUGUCAUCAUUGCAGCGGUGUUCGUUAUCUUCUGGCUGCCGAUAUGUAUCGGGGGUGUGCGGCAGUUUGCGUGCAUGGCAAGCGGAGACUGUGAGAUAGAGGCACGGCCGUACUGGGGGUUCCUGAUCGCGCUCUGCAAUUCGGCGAUCAACCCGGUCAUCUACGCGCUCAGGAUCAAGAAGAUUCGGGAAGCAUUGCAUCGCAGGGCGCGACGACUCGCCAACGCGGUUCGGGAAAAGUUGGGGUUGUCAUCGAACCAAGUGGUGAACAUUCAGAUUGUUGGAGGUGCAGCAGGAAAAAAGGACGCUGUUGCUGGACCGAGUAGGGAUAACCGGACUGACCAGCCGCCCAAGUGGGCAGUCAGCCGAAGAGCGGCAGAAAAUCCCAGAAACGCACCGAGCUCCAGCCGUGUUGGAAAUGCCGCGGGGACAACGGACGCUGUAGCCGGACCGAGUACGGACAAUCGGGCUGACCAGCCACCCAAAUGGACAGUCAGUAAAAGAACACAUCCCAAAAACGCACCGAGCUCAAACUGCCUAGAUGUGCUCUUUGUAGCCUCGACAACGUCGGUAAAGAUUCCUGCUUUAGAAAGUGAAAGCGGCAGGGAAGACACAAAGUAA